AUGUGGCGAGCCAUGGUGCUUCGGGGACUGCGCAGCUGCCAUGAAAUCUUGGGACUCAGCCCUCAAGCGUCAAAGGAGGAGCUGAGACUGCGAUACCAUGAGCUGGCUCGCUGCCUUCAUCCCGACGCGUGUCCCACGCGCGCGAAUGCCCAGGAGACCUUCGCUGAGCUUGCGGAGGCCUACGCGGCCUGCCUCCGACUCAUCCAGGCCAAACCCACUCCCGGCCGAACUUUGGGCCCCAAUCCUUGGAAUUCCCCGGCUGCGCGACGGCCAUGGAUGAAGCCGGCUCGGCCCGGAAACCCUACAGGAAGCCCGACGAUGGCCAGCCAGGGACACUUCCGAUGGCGCGUCUGGAACCCCAGCGGGGCCACGACCACUCAGGCCAAGAACACCUAUCAGGGCCAGCCGUGGAAAUGGAGGAUCAAAGGACCCCUGACCAUUUCCGCUCAGAAGAAAGCCAAAGGUUUCCUCAGAAGAUAG